GGCCUUUACACGGCACCAUCUCAGAGACAGCCUGCGCCUGUUUUCCUCCCUGUCCUGAAUCCCGGAGGCCCACACAGGUAUGAAUGACAGCUUACAGUAACCCACACCGCCCCUGCUCCUAUGCACCAUGAACAUCUCAAGCUAUCCCCUGGAUCCCCCCCAGCCCUCGGUUCAUCUGGCGGCCGAAUUCACACAAGACCAUGCGUCACAAGAGAGACCGUCAACAUCUCAGGAGUUAAAGCCAGACCCAGAGAGUAGUGCGACUCAAGAAGAGGGCUGUCCUGUGUGUGGCGACAGGGUGUCUGGAUAUCACUAUGGUCUACUUACUUGUGAGAGUUGCAAGGGCUUCUUUAAGCGCUCUGUGCAGAACAACAAGCGCUAUACGUGUGCAGAGGCACAGAACUGCCCCAUGGACCUGGCACAGAGGAAACGAUGCCCUUACUGCCGCUUCCAGAAAUGUGUAGCUGUCGGCAUGAAGAAAGAAGCUGUUCGUGCAGACAGGAUGAGAGGUGGCAGAAACAAGUUUGGACCUUUAUACCGACGGGACAGGCAACUGAAACAGCAAAGAGGGACCUAUCACCAGGCAAACAUUGCCCCAUACAGAGUCAAAAUUGAGGGACCACAACAAUUGGUGCCUGCUUUGCCUCAUGAUUUUCACGUCAUCAACCCUAACCCUGCUUCUCUUGGCACUGACCAUUACCACCCAACCCAGCACUUCCACCCUAAUAUGAGCCAGUCUGAAUUUCCAGUGCUGCUGGACUGCACCAUGCCCAGAGACCGAACAUUUUCAGAUCCAUCCCUACCUAUUCACACAGUGUGCUAUCCAGGCAUCCACGGAUACCCUCCAGACAAAAGAGAGAUCCCUUUCAACUACAACCCUGCUUCUGUGACGCCUCCUGGUCCAAUGUCUCCUACAGUUCUCUCCACACCUGCACCUACUCUCACGCCAGCCUCAACUCCGAGUUCCACCCCAACUCCAUCACAGAGCUUGACCCCCACCUCAACCACAGCCCCAAGUUCCUUUUUCUUAAACCAGCUCCUGCAAGCCGAGCCAGAUGAGAAGCAACUCUGCAUGCGGGUGUUAGCAAGCCUCCAGAGAGAACAAGCCUGCAGAGGAAAACAUGACCGCCUCAACACCUUCAGCAUCAUGUGCAAAAUGGCUGACCAGACUUUGUUCGGAUUGGUGGAGUGGGCAAGGAACUGUGAAUUAUUUAAGGAGCUUAAGGUGGAUGAUCAAAUGGUGUUACUGCAGAGCUGCUGGAGUGAGCUUCUUGUCCUGGAUCACUUGUGCAGGCAAGUGGCUUAUGGGAGAGAUGGCAGCAUCUGUCUGAUUACAGGACAACAGAUUGAAGCAUCAACCAUUCUCAGUCAGGCUGGAAUGACCCUCAGUAGUCUGGUGUCUAGAGCCCAGGACCUUGUCACCAAGCUUAGAUCACUACAGCUGGACAGAGAGGAGUUUGUGUGUCUAAAAUAUCUGGUUCUCUUCAAUCCAGAUGUUAAAUCAGUACAGAACCGAAGGCAGGUAGAACAAACACAAGAGCGUGUAAACAAGGCUUUGAUGGACCACACUAUGCAAACCCACCCAGGUCAUUCUGACAAGUUCGGACAGCUGCUGCUCCGUCUGCCAGAGGUGCGGAGCAUCAGCCUGCAGGUGGAGGAAUACCUGUAUCAGCGCCACCUGCUGGGAGAUCUUCCCUGCAACUCACUGCUGACUGAAAUGCUUCAUGCCAAGCACACAUGAGAUCAUCGCAAUGCUUGAUGUUGGAAAUGCUUUUGUAUAUUUGACCUUGGGAUCUAAUCUUUUGAGCUUUGAACAAGUCGCUCAUUUAAUCGCUGGCUGGCAGUGAUAGUCCAAGCAAGAGGAACAAUAUCUAGUAUUGUUGAUGUAUGAGAUGUAAAGCACAUACUCAUUUAACUACUCAUCUUACAGUUACGGAUCAUGUCUGGUCAAGAAGAAUGUGCCGUUUUAACUUGUAUUAAAGCACAAAUUUCUUACCUCUCUAAAUCACAGAUGCCCAUCUCAUAUCAAUAAUGUCAAAUUGUUUACAGAAAUGGAGUUGAAAUUAAAGUGUCUCUGUAUACAUUU